CACCAUCCAAUGGCACCCGAUCCGCAACCAGACAACAACCCCCCGGCCGCCGAACCGGCGCAGGAGAACGAGCCCACCGAGGAACAGCCGGCCUCUCCUCCGUUGCCCCAGCGCCACACAGCCGUGACGCCCGGCCCUCGCGCCGCGCGACUGCAGGAGCUCUACUCGCGCUCCCUCCGCAAGACGCUCGGCAAGAUUGGAUGGGAAAACGUCGCGGGAUGCUAUCCUACCGUCGCGAAAAGGGCAGAGGGCGUGCUGAGGCAGGUGCAGGGUCAGAUGGUUGAGAAGCUGGGGGAGAAGUGCGAGAAAGAAUUCGAGAGUAUUCUUGUUACGAGGCAGGUUGUGCCAAAGCUCAAUGACCUGGAGAGUCUCAUAAGCGACGCCUCUCGCCGCCGCGCCGAAUCAACAUUAGAAGCACAACCAACACCACCUCACCUCCUCCCCCCAUCCGCCAUCCUCGCCGCACACAUGACGCCCUCCCUCACGGCGCACCAGUCGCAGCUCAACGCGCGCCUCCAGACGACGCAGUCGCAAAACGCCCUGCUGCAUGACGAGGUCCGCCGGCAGCGCGACGAGAUCCGCUCGCUGCUCGAGGCCCUCGAGGCCGUCGUCGCCGACGUGCAAGGUGCAAAUGACGCCCUGCGGCCGCUCGUCGAUGAGGUGGCCGCCGAGACGAGGGAGGGUAUUGCGGCUGUCGAGGCGGCGAGUGGUGGUGGGCGAGCACCACCGCCGACGACUACGACAACGUAG